UAUGAAUGAAUGAAAUCGGAGUGUUACAGCCAAAUAGUGUUCCUCGUUAGUCAUAACGAAUAGAGUUUAUUAUUAUGUUGCUCAAGAAAAGAGUCAAAUAAGGAGUAGACUAUUGAACAAACAAACAUUAGAAUCGUUCUUUCUUUGUAUAACUCUUUAUUCUACUUUGAACUAGUUUCUUUUAAAGUCUGUAAUAUUAUUUUCUUUAUAGAUAUACAUUGACGUCGUUUUACUUUCACCUGAAGCUCCUUUAACUUCAGAAACAGUUAAAUUCUUACUUCAAUCCAAUAAGAAAAAAUACACGAUUAUUAAAAAUGAAUCAUCUGCUUCAAGUGUAGACUGGUGGAAGCCAUUUGGAUAUCCAUCGAAAUUAAAUGAAAAUGGUGAAUAUGAUCGAAUUAAAGGAUUCAUCAGUUGCUUCAAACGUUUUAACACAUUUAUUUAUAACAGUAGCAGUGGUACUUCACGUAUAAAACAACAUGCAAAUAUAUGCUUUGGGACUUUGUCAAAUUCGUCUUCUUCAAUCGAUUCUUCAACAUUUACACAAGAUGACAUUGGAUUUCGUAAUAUUGCUCAAGAAUUAAUUCGUAUUGGUAUAUUUCCAUUUGGAUUGACAAAUAAAAGAUUUUAUCGUCUUUCAGGACAUAAACAUGGUGUUGUUGCUGUUGCCGAUAUUAUUCGAGGUCGACUACAGUAUCAAGAACAGUUUAUGAUCUAG